CUGGGCUACUUCAGUUCUCGUUUCUGACCGUCCGGGACCAGACAGAUGGGUCCAGGCCUUAACCGCAGUUCCAGUUUCACGGAAGCCCUCGUGCAGUAGGCCCAACGAUUCACUUCUGGUCCUGGUCUCUAGCCCUAGGCCGAGUCGGAGGCUAGGCCAGGGCCUCGUCUCUUUCUCUCUUUCCUUUUUUAUUUAUGACACUUCCGCGUGUGAUAGGCUAGAUAGGAACGUUGCUAGGCCUAGUCUGUCUCGAGGCCUCUUCUGCCGCAGUCUCCCGACAACAUGACAUCGUGAUACAAGUCCCCACUUGCAAUCGACCCGGCCACACGACACGGUGGACGCCCGAACCCCCGAGUCGCGAUCGGCUUCGUCUCCUAGAGACCUGGUGGAUGCCCCUGAAGCAAGAGGGAACGCGAGGCUCCCGUCCCGAUGCAACAGGAACUCUUUCUCCUCCUCCUCGUUGGUGCUCUCUGCACGUGGGAUCUCGUGCUGGGAACCUACACGUCUGACUGGGCCGUGGAGAUCCCGGACGGGAAUGAGGAGACAGCAGACGUGGUUGCCUCCAGGCACGGCUUCGUCAACAUGGGCCCGAUCAUGGACAACAUCUACCUCUUCAGGCACGAGAGGGUGUCGCGGAGGUCGGCGGAACCCAACGACGAGCACCACCAAAAGCUCGUCGAUGAACCGCAGGUGAAGUGGGCGGAGCAGCAGUAUGCGAAGCGGAGGUCGAAGCGGGGGGCGAUGUCCUGGACGCCGUAUCUGCAGCCGUUUGCGUUCAACGAUCCCCAUUGGCCGGAUAUGUGGUACCUGAAUCGAGGGGGAGGGUUGGACAUGAACGUGCAGGCGGCUUGGGCGGACGGCAACACGGGGAAAGGGGUCGUCGUCACCAUCCUGGACGAUGGACUGGAGAAGGAGCAUCCCGACCUCAAGCGAAAUUAUGACCCGGAGGCGAGCUAUGACGUGAACAGCCACGACCGGGACCCGAGCCCCCGCUACGACAUCUUGGACUCGAACCGGCACGGAACGCGGUGCGCGGGGGAGGUGGCGGCGCACUCCAACAAUACCAUCUGCGGGGUCGGGAUCGCCUUCGAUGCGAAAGUCGGAGGUGUGAGGAUGUUGGACGGUGACGUCACCGAUGCGGUGGAAGCCCAGAGUCUGAGCUUGAACCGGCAAUACAUCGACAUCUACUCCGUGUCCUGGGGUCCGGACGACGACGGGAAGACCGUCGACGGGCCGGGACCCUUGGCCACGAAGGCAUUCGUUACCGGCAUAUAUGAAGGUCGUGGAGGCAAAGGAUCCAUUUUCGUCUGGGCAUCGGGGAACGGAGGGGGCGAUCACGACAAUUGCAACUGUGAUGGUUACACAAAUUCCAUUUGGACCCUGUCGAUCUCGAGCGCCUCGGAGCAUGGACUGGUACCGUGGUACUCCGAAGCGUGCAGCUCCACCCUGGCGACGACCUACUCCUCGGGCUCCAACACGGAGAAGCAGGUCGUGACGACUGACCUCCACCACGGAUGCACGACGUCCCACACGGGGACGUCCGCGUCCGCUCCCCUGGCAGCUGGCAUCUGCGCGCUCGUCCUCCAAGCCAACCCCAAUCUCACAUGGAGGGAUAUGCAGCACAUCGUUAUACGCACUGCCAAGCAGGCCAAUCUCAGGGCCGACGACUGGAAGACGAAUGGGGUCGGGCGUAAUGUGAGCCAUUCCUUUGGCUACGGUUUGAUGGAUGCCCAUGGAAUGGUGAAACUGUCUCGAACGUGGAAGACUGUUCCCAUCCAGGAGAGGUGUGAGAUCCCAGCAUCACAUAUCAACAAGCUGAUCCCGUCCAAGAGUCAAGUGACACUCCCUCUUGAGGUCAAGCAAUCUGACUGCCCCAAUAUCAACUUUCUUGAGCAUGUCCAGGCCAAGGUGACGCUGGCAGCCACACGUCGAGGGGACAUCCAGAUCUUCCUGACCUCCCCAGCAGGGACACGCUCAACAUUGCUUGCUCUCAGGCCUAAGGAUGCAGCUCGCUCUGGCUUCAACGCGUGGCCUUUCAUGACCGUCCAUUCUUGGGGGGAAAGUCCCAUCGGGCUGUGGCAGCUGGAAAUCCACAACGAGGGGCGAUAUCUCGGUCCGUUCGUCUCCCUUCUCAUUGUUGAGCCUUUGUUUCGGAGUGAAUGUCUCUUUGAAAAAAUCCAUGGG